AUGGGCAACAGUACCUCCUCUGGCCGCGGGCACCACGAAGACACCGUCGACUUUGGCUACCUCUGUCCGCAGGGUGUCUACAGCGGGGCCCGUGACUGGAACCAGGCCAUAGUAACGCAACUCAUAUGCGAGCGGAAGCUGGCCCCAUUCUAUCGCCCAUUAGAAGACUAUGACGAAUCCUGGGACGACGAACAGAUCCUUUCCCAUCGCAAGGAGCCGCCGCCAGAUGCCGAAGGGCAGGCAGAGUCGUCUGGCGGGAUCUCACGAACGGACACCAGCUCAUCUCGCGCGCACAAGCGCGGGCAUGCGAGCAGCAACUCCAAGGAGGUCAUACGACAUCCUGAGGCGGCGAUAUACAGAGGCGCCGUGGAAUGUCCUAUCUGUUUCUUGUAUUACCCGCCCAACAUCAACCACUCGCGUUGCUGUGACCAAACGAUCUGCACCGAGUGUUUCGUGCAAAUCAAGCGGGCCGAACCCAACCCUACGCACCUGAUUUCGGAACCUGCUGCUUGUCCAUAUUGUGUUCGGGAGAACUUUGGUGUCGUUUAUACACCGCCACCAUGGAGGACAGGGUUGAACAGUGAAGGGGCUACUCCUCCGUCAUGGCCAGAUACACCCACUCUUCCGGCUUCAGCCGUGAAACGCUCUCGCAAGAGCUUCGGCCCUGACAGUCCAGAGGUGGUAUCUAUUGCAGAUCAGAUACGUCCUGAUUGGGAAGCAAAACUGGCGGCUGUUCGCGCAGCAGUCGCCCGGCGUGCCAACAGACGAAUCAUCAUGCGCCAAGUUGGUGACAGACUUAUCCCUGUGGGCAUUAGCAGUGGAAGGGUGCACCCACUCGCGCCAGAAGACGGACAGGCGGAAGGUGGGGAAGGUUCUGCGGAGCGAGGAACGCGGCGCUCGAGAAGAAGGCAACAGAAUCAGGAUAUCAAUCAACUAUUGGGAACGAUGGGACUCGGCGGACAGGAUUUGGAAGAGCUCAUGGUGAUGGAAGCAAUGCGGCUGUCGCUCAUUGAACACGAGGAACAACAGCGGCGCGAGCGAGAAGCAGAGGAAAAGAAGAAGCGGGAACAGGCUGCCGAGGGCGGACAAGCGAACGGAAGUGAGGGCGCUGGCUCAUCCUCGGCUGCUGCUGCGACACCUGAGCCUACGCCAUCACCACCUGCCGACGCCGCGUCGUCUUCAGGCUCUACCCUUACAGGGGCUGUUACUGCUGACGCAACUUCUGUCACCAGUGCACCAGCAGCAGGCGAACGGAAUGCGAGCACGCCAGUCACGCCAGUUCCCGAACAUGCUUCCCUCGACCAAUCAACAAUGACUAGCCCUAUUACAGCCAGAGCGAACGAAACGGUCUUGAGUAGCCCGUCAUCCUCGAGUGACACCACCGUUGGAGACGGUGACCAGCCAGCCACGCCCACCUCGUCUUCCGGGCACGACGGUGAUGUGCGACCGGUAUCGAUGAACCGCACUGAGUCGUUCGCGUCCUCGCUCGCGGCGUCCGCAGAGCCGUCGAAUUACGACAUGCUCUCGUCCUCGCCCGAGUCGGCGAUUUCGCACAAGCCGCUGCUUCGCUCGCGCCCGGCGAGCCCGCCGCUCGUCGCGGACUCCAGUGCAUCUGCUCAAUGA